AUUUUUAGCAUUGGAUGAAAAGCAAGGAAGCUAAAGAGGCCUAUCAAAGAACAGGAAGUUGUUAUAUCUACAAUGCCUCGGCUAGUAAUGGAAGGAAACAACUUUCAUACCAUGAAUCACAAUUUACAAAAGGGUGUUUCUUACUUUCUUUUUCACUAGCGCCAAUGGAAUAGCCAAGCCAUUGGUUUAGUGGGAAGCUUCCUCAUGAUGCAUGUGAAUAAGAAUAGCUUGAUUCUAUAACCUUCACCUUUUCCUAGUCGUCAAUCUCUUCCUCCCCAAAGGCAAUUAGUACCCAACUUUCUGUAACCUUCACCUUUCAUCUUUCUUUGUCCAUACCAACCAGUCCUUAUCUCCCUCAUUGGCUAUUAUAGAACAAAUCGGCAGAUCAGAUCACAAAUCUGUUAAGCCACAUUUGAAUUUAAGAGAGAAGUAGUGCAGGAAGGCGAGGAUCGGAGAUGUCGGAUUGGGGGCCAGUUUUCAUAGCAGUGGUUCUGUUCAUACUGUUAACUCCAGGGUUGCUGAUUCAGAUACCUGGGAAAAGCCGGUUCGUCGAGUUUGGCAAUUUUCAGACUAGUGGAGUUUCAAUACUGGUUCAUUCCAUCAUCUACUUUACUCUCAUCUGUAUCUUCUUGUUGGCUAUUGGAGUCCACAUUUUUGAUUUGAAGGAAAUGGCGGACUGGGGCCCAGUACUGAUUGGGGUUGUGCUGUUUAUUCUGCUCCAACCGGGACUCCUCUUCUCGUUGCCGGGAAACGGCAAGCAGGUCGAGUUUGGGAGCAUGAAGACCAACGGCAAAGCCAUAGCUGUGCACACACUCAUUUUUUUUGCGCUCUAUGCCGUUCUCAUCUUGGCCGUACACGUCCACAUCUACACCGGUUGAUGAUCCGGUACUCUCCCCCAGCUUUGGAUCUGUGUGUCUCUGUAUCUCUUUAGCCUUUUCUAAGAUUUUGUUGUUGUAACUCUUAGUUUUGAAAUAAAGCACAUAUAAAAGCACAGAUCUUUUGUUUUUAGAUUUGAAGAUUGAUGCAGCUCUGGCAUAAUGUUAAAUGUUUGAGAACCCUUUUUUCUGUGA